AUGAGCAAACAUUUCACGUUGGACAAGUUCGAGGAGGAGGCGUCAGGAAGAAGAAAUGUCUUCGCUGAUGAAUCCAAGGAUGCCAACAGGAUAUUCUGGGAACAUGUCUGCAGGACCAACUCUUGUGCCUUCUUGUACGGAUCAGAUUUGACAGGGACUGCGUGUAGCGAGGAUGCGGGAAAGUGGAACCUUGAGAAGUUCUCAAACGAUUCCUUGCUGGGAAUGAUACGAAGCUCGGGUGAUCCUGACAUCUGCGGAGUAAACCUUCCGAUGCUCUAUGUGGGGCAUGCUUUCUCCAUGUUCGGUUGGCACAUUGAAGACAACGCCCUCUACUCUCUCAACUACAUGCACAAGGGAUCGGCCAAGACCUGGUAUGGGGUCCCAGGCCACGAAGCUCAGAAGUUGGAGAAGCUGGCCAAGAGCCUAUUCGAACAAAAGGAUGACCUGUCUUGUCGGUUAUACCAGAAGCUGUCUAUGAUCUCUCCGAACCUCCUGUUAGACGCUGGCAUACCUGUCUACGAGUUAGUGCAAAGGCCCGGUGAGUUCGUCAUAACCAUGCCAAGAUCUUAUCACUCAGGUUUCAGCCAUGGCUUCAAUGUCGGCGAAGCUGUAAACUUUGCUCUGCCCGAGUGGAUCCCUUACGGA